AUGGAAAUAGAAGACAAUACUAAUUUUGAAGAAGAAUGUAAAGAGUUCCUACCAUUACAUCCGGGAAACAUUCAAGGGACAAUAAAUGAAAAAGAAACCAAUUUCAAUACUAAACAAAUUGAUGCUCAGUAUAGCGUCAGAGAGGUUGGCGUAAGUAGUGAACCAGAGAAGAGAGAACACGAUAUCCAAAAAACAGAAUCAACACUAUAUGAAGACAUCCUAAAGACUUGGCGAGAAGAAGACAGUCACUUUAUUCCAACAGCAGCAUGUAAAUUUGUUGAAGUAAAAAUUAGAAGUCAAAACUUUGUAACGGUGGUUGGAAAUUCUGGAUGCGGAAAAACGGCAAUUAUGCAACACAUUGCACUCAAAUUUAAAGAAGAAGGCGAAUGGUAUGUCAAACCUGUCGAUGACGUUAGAGAAAUAAAAGAAAUAUGUUCUACAGGAAUCAAUUCAGAUGAUAAGAUUUUGUUCAUUUUAAAUGAUCCGAUUGAGAUAUGUGAUUUACCGGAACAUACAAGUCUUUCAGUCAUUCGAAAUACCCUCUGCGAAUUAGAAGGAUCCUAUGUAAAGCGUGUUGGACACGUUUUCCAUUUCCUUCAUGACUUUAUCAUGGAAAUAUCAACAUUUGUGUUUGGCGUUGAUUAUCCAUUAGAGACAAUACAGUACGCAGAAAGUGGUUUCAUGCGACGAAGAAUGAGAAUAGAGGACGACACUGAGGGGGAAGAUCGCGAUCCAUUUACCAUUUAUCUGCCUGAAGAGUAUAUAUGUGAUCUUGUGAGGAGGUUCAUCGAUGAUAUUCAGACAGAAAAUGUUACUGAUGUCGUUAUAAACCCAAAUCUACGUAAUCAAAAGGUGAUUAAAGUGUUUAAAGAAAGCAUGAAUUCGACAGAGGUACAGAAGUUUUCUAAGAACUAUAUUCAGACGCCCAGGUCUAAUGAAAUGGAACAAAGUUAUAAUGCUAGUUUCUCGCGUAUUGCUCUUCUUAAUUCAAACGACAAUCUAUGUCCUUUGGACGUAUUGAUAACAUUUUGUCAUGAUGAAAUUUCCCUUUCUUGCUUGUCCAUUCUCAAAAAAUGUGACAUUGAAAUACCUUCUACUUUCUGUUCAAUGUGUGCUAAUGGUAAUCCGAAGUUUUUAGAUUGGCUGAGUUUGGAAUAUAAAGAGAAAUCCUUGUCAAAGACAUGGGGUAUAUUUUUACCAAUUCAUAUUGCUUCUAUGUUCCAUAACUUUUUAAUAAUUGAAAAAUUAAUAGGACUCGAUGGUGACGUAAAUAAGUUAACUGCGAAUAAUACGGGUACCCCGUUAACACUGGCAGCAGGAAACAACGAAGAACAUCUUAAAGAGGCUGGGAUGGACACAUACGGAGGGGUAAGACGUAAUAUAACAAUCCUUUGUUUAUUACAAAAUGGUGCCAAAAUAAAUUUUUGCAUCAAGAAUGGAUCUAGCCCCCUCUGGAUAGCUUGUCAAAAUGGACAUAGCAGCACUGCACAACUUUUACUGGAGAACGGCGCCGACAUAAAUCUAUGUGACAAGGAUGGAGCUAGUCCCCUUUGGAUUGCUUGUCAAAAUGGGCAUGAUAGCACAGCGAAACUUUUACUGAACAAUGGUGCCGACAUCAAUCUAUGUAACAAGGAUGGAGGGAGUCCCCUUCGGAUUGCUUGUCAAAAUGGGCAUGAACGCACAACACAACUUUUACUGAAGAAUGGCGCCGACAUCAAUCUACGUUACAAGGAUGGAGCGAGUCCCCUUUGGCUAGCUUGUCAAAAUGGGCAUGACAGCACAGCGCAACUUUUACUGAACAAUGGUGCCGACAUUAAUCUAUGUUACAAGGAUGGCACGAGUUCUCUUUUUAUAGCUUGCAAAAAUGGACAUGAUAGCACAGCACAGCUUUUACUGAACAAUGGUGCCGACCUAAAUCUUUGUGACAAUGAUGGAGCGAGUCCGCUUUUCUUAGCUUGUAAAAAUGGACAUGAUAGCACAGCACAGCUUUUACUGAACAAUGGUGCCAACAUAAAUCUUUGUGACAAUGAUGGUGCGAGUCCACUUUUCUUAGCUUGUAAAAAUGGACAUGAUAGCACAGCACAGCUUUUACUGAACAAUGGUGCCGACCUAAAUCUUUGUGACAAUGAUGGAGCGAGUCCGCUUUUCUUAUCUUGUAAAAAUGGACAUGAUAGCACAGCACAGCUUUUACUGAACAAUGGUGCCGACCUAAAUCUUUGUGACAAGGAUGGAGUGACUCCGCUUUUUUUAGCUUGUAAAAAUGGACAUGAUAGCACAGCACAGCUUUUACUGAACAAUGGUGCCGACCUUCAUCUUUGUGACAAUGAUGGAGUGACUCCGCUUUUCUUAGCUUGUAAAAAUGGACAUGAUAGCACAGCACAGCUUUUACUGGACAAUGGUGCCGACCUAAAUCUUUGUGACAAUGAUGGAGUGACUCCGCUUUUCUUAGCUUGUAAAAAUGGACAUGAUAGCACAGCACAGCUUUUACUGGGCAAUGGUGCCGACAUAAAUCUUUGUGACAAGGAUGGAGCGAGUCCGCUUUUCUUAGCUUGUAAAAAUGGACAUGAUAGCACAGCACAGCUUUUACUGGACAAUGGUGCCGACCUAAAUCUUUGUGACAAUGAUGGAGUGAGUCCGCUUUUUUUAGCUUGUAAAAAUGGACAUGAUAGCACAGCACAGCUUUUACUGAACAAUGGUGCCAACAUUAAUCUAUGUUACAAGGAUGGCACGAGUUCGCUUUUUAUAGCUUGCAAAAAUGGACAUGAUAACACAGCACAGCUUUUACUGUACAAUGGUGCCGACAUAAAUCUUUGUGAAAAUAAUGGAGCGAGUCCGCUUUUCUUAGCUUGUAAAAAUGGACAUGAUAGCACAGCACAGCUUUUACUGAACAAUGGUGCCGACCUAAAUCUUUGUGACAAUGAUGGAGUGAGUCCGCUUUUUUUAGCUUGUAAAAAUGGACAUGAUAGCACAGCACAGCUUUUACUGUACAAUGGUGCCGACAUUAAUCUUUGUGACAAGGAUGGAGCGAGUCCACUUUUCUUAGCUUGUAAAAAUGGACAUGAUAGCACAGCACAGCUUUUACUGGACAAUGGUGCCGACAUAAAUCUUUGUGACAAGGAUGGAGCGAGUCCGCUUUGGAUAGUUUGUAAAAAUGGACAUCGAAGCACAGCAAAAAAAUUACUGAACACUGGUUCCGAAAUAAAUCUUUCUGACAAUGAUGGAGCGAGUCCGCUUUUUUUAGCUUGUAAAAAUGGGUAUUACAGAACAGCACAACUAUUACUGGACAAUGGCGCCGACAUUAAUCUAUGUGACAAGGAUGGAGCGAGUCCACUUCAGAUAGCUUGUAAAAAUGGGCAUGACAGAACAGCACAACUAUUACUGAACAAUUGUACCAAAAUCGAUUUUUGUGACAAUGAUGGAGUGAGUUCACUUUUGAUAGCUCGUAAAAAUAAACAUGCAAGCAUAGUAGAGCUUUUUUAAACAACUCUGCCGACAUCAAUGCAUAUUAAUUUACAUUGCUUGUCUAAAUGAAGAAAAAGUAGCUAUUUAUUUACUGAACAAGCGUACCGACAGCAAUCUGUUUGAUAAAUUCACUUGGCAUGGCGUUUCAAAAUAGGCAUGACAACACAAAACCAAUUUUACUUAAUAAAGCCGCGGAAAUCGAUUGAUGUGACAAGGAUGGAGCUAAACUUCUUUGGAUGACUUGUCCAAAUGUAUGCUACAUAAUAGCAACUAUUUUACUGAACAAUGGUGGUGACAAUUACCUAUUUAACAAACAUGGAGGCAGUCUGUCUAGCAUAGUUUCUCAAAAUGGAAAUAUCAUCACAGUGACUAUUUUGAUGAGCAAUAGUGUUUAAGGGGGAGAUUUGGGUUUUAUUGUGUAAAAACUACAAUAGCGAAACUCUUCAAUUUAUAUACAUUGUACCAUAUAUAACUUCCUAUAACUUUAGUGUAUAUGCAAAGUUUGGGCGAAAUCUAAAGUCCAUGAAUUUCAAUGGGUCGUCUCAAAAUAUAGGUACAUUUACUAUGGAUUACAUAGGAAAGUUACAAAUUUUAGCACUUUUAGGCAAAUUAUACAAAAAAUAGGCUUUUUGUUCAAUUCAUAAUAUAUGAUGAAUAAUACUAUAUUGUACAUUAUGUAAAGGAAACACGAAAUUCUACCGUCUUCUUACGAGAGGGGGCAUCUCA